AUUGGCAUCAACAAACUAUCUCAUUCCUGGUCAAACUUACAUUACAUCUCAGCAACGUCUCAUCUGUCACUCGACAAACCAUCCACCCUCAUUACAACCCCCACAUCUUUCUACACGCCGCAGCAUCAUGCAGCAUGGGGUGCCCAAAGCCGCUUUCUUCCGAGCAACAAGCCUGGGUGCAGUACGCUCUCUUCAGUUGACGCGAGUUCCAUGGCUAGAUCGACUGGGUUUCCAAGCCUCACACUAUGUCACAGCAAUGCUGCGACCCUUCACAUCCGGAGCGUUCAGCCACGCAGACACUUAUACCAUGGUGGCAAACGCGCUUUAUCUCGGGAACAGCCCUAGCCACUGUGACGACUUGCGGCUUUUCGUGGUAUUUCCUCAUCUGAAGGAGGAUAUUCGACACAACAGCAGACUUUUGGCAUGCUUUUGGCAGAGAUGCAUGCUGCCAGCCAUCGACGCCGUACAAGCCCCACAAAGACCGUAUGACCAUUCAGAAGGCAUGGACUACAUCAGCUACCCUCCAGGAGAUGACAUGAAAGACUUAGACGAAACUCUUGCCACUUUCGCUUUACAUACGCCUAUACAGCGCCAGGACAGCACACAGUCUUUCUCUCUAGACCAAGCGUGGGAAGGCAUUGAGCAAACUGUAAUUAACGACCCGGACCUGCAAACAUUGGCAGGAAUGUUUCUCAUUGUCUCGUGGGAAGCACCUGCGGCCUCGCCGGGUUCAUGGCAGACUCCGUCCUUCGAGCAGUUCUUGAGUCCAGCGUCUAUUGAUCAAGCAUGUAGCAAGAUCGUCUAUGAAGAGCUGCGGCAAGAGAUGCCAGCUCUGAAGAAGGACAUGCCAACGAUCGUUAGGAAGAGAUCGGCUACACUAACGCAGUUGGAGGAUCGACCGGAUGUGAAGAGGACGCACAGUGUGGAUAUGACGCAAGGCUGGUAGAUGCAUGCCGACAGGGACUGACGGGAAUUUUGGUCUGUAAUUUUGACCAUGGAACAUCGUAUUUCAGAGGCGUU